CACCAACGCCUAUCUUUCUCAUUUCGGAUGGGGUUUUGGGUGCUACUGCUGUAGUAGCUCGCACAGUCCUUUCGCAUUUGGCGGCCAAGCGGUUCCAAAGGUACAAAAGUCAGGUACCCCGAGGCCAGGGGAGCUCACUGGAGUGAGUAUAGGUUGAGGAGCCGCGACCAGUGAGAGAGGACACCGGGAGCGGCCACUGCUGCUCUCAGCACUCAUCUGAGUUCUUCGGUGUCUGGGCUCUCUCUGACCUAAAAGCAGCCGGGGAGACGGGGGCUGAAAAGAAGGAAAGCCGUGCUGGGAGCGUGGAGGGUAGGGGAUCUCGGGAAAGGCUCCCUCGGCGAGGCCUUUUCCUAGGCGGGUAUUCCGCUGAACUGGGGACGUUCCCUGCUGCCGAGCGGGAGGUCGAGGCUAGGGCAGCGAACCGAGCGGGCGUCCGCGUAGGAAGUCGGCCUUGCUUCUGUGAGCUGGGCAGCAGGAGUGCCUUAGACUUUACUUUAUCCAGGGAGGACAUGCCCAGUGAAAUGUAUCCCUGCCCUGCUUGGAUCAGAGAAACAAGAAAAGAAAUACCCUGACUUCUCUGCUCUGUUGUGCAGGCAUAUGUCACUUUCAGACUCAACAUGGCAGCCAGUGACCUGUCCCCAUCAUGGGAUCUGCCUGCACAGCACUCUGCCUGUUUCUACGUGAGAAAUACUGAGGAGGAAAAGAUGGUGGCUGGAUAUCCAAACUGGUCACAGAGACCAGUGACCUUCAAAGAUGUGGCUGUGGAGUUCGCCCAGGAGGAGUGGAUAAUGCUUGACUUGACUCAGAGAAGUAUGUACAGAGAUGUGAUGUUGGAAAACUAUAUAAACCUUGCCUCGGUGGAAUAUCAAUUGUACAAACCUACUGUGAUCUCCCUCAUGGGUCAAGAGGAGAUAACUAUGAAAAGGAAUAUUCCCCAAGGCACCUAUGCAGACUGGGAGAUUCAACUUAAAACCAAAGAGUCAACUCCUAAGCAGAAUAUCUUUGGGAAAAAAUCCAGUGGAGUGAACAUAAGAUUCACAAUGGAUGAUUGGUCUUCCACAUUAAGAGAAUACUGGGAAUGCCAUAAGAUCAGAAAACACCACAAGAUCCCAGAGGAAAAUGUGAGGCAAGUGAUAUUUACCCAAAACAAAACAGCAUCUCAGGAGAGAUUCUGUGACUAUCAUGAAUUAGAGGAAAACUCUAGACUUAGAUCAAAACUUGUUUUUUCAAGGAGCAUUUCCACCAGUAAACAUUGCCACAAAUGUUACUUAGAUAUUGAGUGUUUCAAACAAAACUUAAUCCUAAACAAUUAUGGGAAAAACCAUGUGAGUGAGAAGAACUAUGAAAGUUAUGAAUAUGACAGAGCUCUGUGUUAUCUUGAAAGAAUUCAGACAGCACAAAAACAGUACACAUGCUCCAAAUACAGUAUACACUUCAAACAUAAUAUGCUUCCUGUAUGUAGUAAUUUUUAUAUGGUGGAUAAUUCCUAUGAAUAUAAGAAAAGCAAAACCCUUUCUCAUCAUUCAUCCCUCAAACAACCGGAGCAAACUCCUACUGGAGAGCAACAUUAUGAAUGUAGUGAGUGUGGAAAAGCCUUCAGAAGAAUUUCUCAUCUUACCUUGCACCAGAGAAGUCAUAUGAAUGAGAAGCAAUAUGAAUGUAAUGAAUGUGGGAAAGUCUUCAAUGAUUCCUCAACCCUAAGGAGACAUGUAAGAACUCACACUGGUGAGAAGCCCUAUGAAUGUGAUCAGUGUGGAAAAUCCUUUAGUCAAAAAACAUCCCUUAAGGCUCAUAUGAGAAUUCACACUGGAGAGAAACCUUAUGAAUGUAGUUAUUGUGGAAAAUCCUUUGGCACAAGUUCUUACCUUAUGGUGCACAAGAGAAUACACACUGGGGAGAAACCUUAUGAAUGUAGUCAUUGUGGGAAAUCCUUUGGCACAAGUUCUUACCUUAUAGUGCACAAGAGAAUACACACUGGGGAAAAACUCUAUGAAUGCAGUGACUGUGGAAAAGCCUUCUACGCAAGCUCUCACCUUAAAGUUCACAAGAAAAUACACACUGGAGAGAAUCUUUAUGAAUGCAGUGACUGCGGGAAAGUUUUUAGUGGUCUCUCAUCCCUUAGAAUGCAUGUAAGAACUCAUACUGGAGAGAAACCCUAUGAAUGUAAGGAAUGUAGAAAAACCUUCAGUGUUUCCUCUUCCCUUAGAAGACAUGUGAGAACUCACACUGGAGAGAAACCCCAUGAAUGUAUUCAAUGUGGAAAAGCGUUCAGUCAGAGUUCUUCACUUAUUAUACACAAAAGAAUUCAUACUGGGAGAGAAACCCUGUAAGUAUUGUGAAUGUAGCGUUGCCCUUUUGUUUUAAGGUGGACUCCAAGCUUGUUCUGAGUCUUUGUUCUCUAAAAUAAGCAUUUAAGGCUAUAAAUAGUCUUCCAGACACCUCUUGACCUAUGUAACAUAUCUGUGUUAACUUGUUUUAAUUCUAAAUGUCUUAAUACUUACUAUUUUUGAUCCACAGUUAUUUGACAUUAUGUGCUUUUAAAAUGUGAAGAAAGGCUUUCAGUUAUCUCAUUGAUUUCUAAGUUAAGUGUAUUAUGUUAAGAGUAUCCGGACUAUAUGGUACUACUAUAUUGGUAUUGAGUUGCUUUGAAAGUUUAUGAUUAGAGAGUUGCUUUCUGACCUGGUGUGGCAUAUAUUGCUAGUAGCCAAUCAAACAUCUAGCUCAUCCUUCCUACCGAUGACUCUAUUUUAGCUCACAAUACCAAUAUUUCUAGCUACAAAACUUCUCAGCCUUUUCGCAGCCAAAUGUAGCCAUAUCACUCACACCUGAUUAAUAAAAAUAGUAUCACUGGGGACAAACCUGUCUGGUUUUACCUCUUUGCCAUUUGCCUUUCUGCCUUCUCCAUUCUUCUCCUAUUCCAUUUUUCAACCCCUAGAACUGAAAGUGCCAUCUUGUAGCUGUGAGAAUGAUCAGGGCCUAGGGAUUGUGUAGAAGAAAAAUCAUGGUUCCCCAAAGACAUCUUUAAAUAGCUGAACAGCACUGCACUGCCUGUACAUGAUGUGUGUGUGUGUGUGUGUGAAUACAGUCAAUACAGUAACCUUGUUAAAAAGACCAUGGAAGUAUAUAGAAUUAAAUAUUUUAUGUGGAAUAUACAAAUCUGGAUAGGAUCAUAGAAAAAGGAGGAAUGUUUAUGGAACUUUUGUGCUCAGGCUAGAGAUGAUCGUGGAGCUGAGAUCACUAAAAAUAAGUAAUCAGAGAAGCAAGAAGGAAGUACCAACACUUCAGUAUUAGAAAUCCAGAGAGUUUUCAGACAGGGAAAAUAACCAACUUUCAAUGCUGAAUGAAGCUCAUGAGAUUUGCUACUUGGUCUUACAGAUACCAGAUUAGCUCUAAUUUACUAAGAAACAAAAUGUGGAAGGAGCCUACAGUGAGAGAAAGAGGCAGGAGUUGUUUUAGUCAUGUCAAUUUUAUAUAGUUUUGACAUCCAGGUAAACAGGCUGGUGUGCAGUUCUGGACCUGCGAGGUGUCUAGCAUAGAGAUAUAAUUGUAGCAACAGCAGUAGAUAGACUAUAAUAGGUUUUGUGGAGGUGAGUGAGAUUGCAUAAGAAAAUGGAUGGUGUGAAAAAAGAAUGUCUAUCAUUGACCAUAAGUUUAUGUCUUUUUUAUAUAUUUAAAUCACUCCUACAUUUUAAGAUGAAGAGAAAACAAGAAACCUUAGUAGAUAAGAGGAAAACCAGGAAGACUGAAGUUGUAUUGAACCAAGACAAACUAGUGUUUCAAGAAGGAAGAUAAAGUCAGUUUAAAUGCUACAGGUCAAAUUAAGUCUUAAAAAGUAGGUACAUCAUAUACCAAUGUGAAGAUUAUUGUUGACCUUAGUUGGAAUAUGUUGAGGAUGGGUGAUAGAUUAGGAUGAUUUAGUGAUCAGUAAAGGACAAGGAGGUAAAAGACACUGGAUAUAGAUGAGUUUGAGCAGCAGGAGAAAGGGUGGUAGCUGGAGAAAGAUUUGGUCAAGGGAAAACGUUUUCAAAAUACCAAGAAACUACAAGAAUGAACUAAUGGUUACCAAAGGGGGAGGGGUGUGGGAGGGAGGGUGGGGAGGGAGGGAGAAGGGGACUGAGGGGUGUUAUGUUUAGUACACAUGGUGUGGGGGGUCACGGGGAGAACAGUGCAGCACAGAGAAGGCACACAGUGGAUCUGUGGCAUCUUGCUGCACUGAUGGACAGUGACUGCAUUGGGGUGUGGGUGGGGACUUGAUAAUAUGGGUAAAUGUAGUAACCACAUUGUUUUUUCAUGUGAAACCUUCAUAAGAGUGUAUAUCAAUCAUACCAUAAUAAAAAAUUAAAAAUAAAAUAACAAGAAACUAGAACAUGUUUAAAUACUAAUGUGUCUAUUAUGGAGAAAUUAAAUAUGCAGGCAUGAGAAGAGAGAAUCAUAGUUCAUGAGAAAGGGAUGGAGGCAUGUGGAACACAAAUAGAAGGAUUGACGUUUGCUACAUGAGGGGAUUUCCCUUAUUCUAAAAGGAAAAGAAGAAUGAGUGGGUUGGUUUGAACUACCUGUUUAUUUACUUAUAUCUCAGUUGCUUGAGCUGCCCUCAAGUAUCUGAACUACUCGUUGCUGUUUGGUUUCUUCAGAGCCCCGUUCUGGCCCAGUGUGGCAGAUAAUGGUAGUUGAUAACCUAAUACACAUUUCCUCCUCCUCUACUAAUAGAACUCCAUUUUGUUUAGAGUAGCAAUAUGUCCAAUUAAAAAACUUAUUCCAGCCUCCAUGGCCAAGAGUGGCCAUUCCCUCUGUUUCUGGCCAAUGAAAUACAGACAGGAGAUUGUAAAUUUUGUGAUAAGAUUUAUCUGCUGACAGUAAGAUGGAUGAAAGACUGGUCAGCAGUUUUAGUGAAGAUCUCUAUGCAGGCACAAGUCCUCCCAAGUAAUCAGUAGAGCUUUUAGUGAAAAAGUCAACAAAUAGCAGUUUAAGUUGAAUAGGGAGUCCAAUUGAACAGAAGAUGCAACAAGAGACAGAAAGUGGUAUAACUAGCUGGUAUGAGCCUCAAAGGAGGGUUGUUUUUUUCUUUUUUUUACAAGAGGCUUCCAUUGUUAGAAGCAAUAUUGGGAAGGAGGAUACUCCCAACCUAUAGAUGUGGAGUCCAUGGAAAUAAACAGCCCUUUGAUAUGAUUGUUGUCAAAUAGGUUUUUCUCCAGGGGUAGCCAAGUUUAAGUUAAAGCAAGGAAAUGAAUGUUUAGGGAAGUUAUUGAGUACAUAAAAGAAGCUUCUUUAUGGCAAUCUCAGAGAGCACCAUGGGUACAGUUUCCAGGACAGAAAUAUGGGUUUGUGGCUGGAGCAUAAACAAGAUUGUUGUGAUGCCAGUAAUGAUAGAGAAAAUAAUGCCAGAGUUAGGAGUGCUAAGACAUUGUUCUGACCAGUGGAAACAAAAUUUAAAGGGAGGAUCAAUUAAAUUUCAGCAGGUUCUGGGAAGAUGAUGGAAACUUAGGUUUAGCAGGAGUCACAUGUAGCGUGGAAGAACCUGCAGUCGUGCUGUGGAACCAAGUAUUCCUUUUAUUCAUUAGGUAUUAGCCCUCAAGGAUACAGCAGGAGCAGGCAGCAGUUAGCAAGUGAUUCCAAACGCAUGUGGAGAUCAUCUUAAGUGGUAAUCAGAAAGGGGGCUUGUACCUGUGGGACCCCUGGAAGGUUAGCUUGACCCCCGCCUUCAUUUUGUGUCUUCCAUCUUGAAUAACUAUGUCCCCUACAUGACCCCUGCCUCCAUUUUGUGUCUUCCAUCUUGAAUAACUAUGACCCCUAGCCAACCGGACCACCUCCAUUUUGUUCUGUGCCCUCCAUCUUGAGUAAGAAGUUUCCCGCUCAAGCCACGCCCAUUCCCAUGGAAACCAUGCCCAGCAACCUGUGCGACAAGACCCUGACCCUCCCCAGCCAAUCAGCUAAGGUCACAAUAAACCACCCCCUUGGAAAGCCCCUAACUGUUCCAAAAGUAUAAAAGCAAAAAGGGAACUUUGUUCAGAGUCUCAGACCGAGUCCUGUGUUCCGACAGGCCACUGAGACCCUAGUUCGAACUAGCAAUAAAGACCUGUUUUGCUCUUGCAUCUCGCGACUGAGCCUGGUGACUGUGGCUCCACAUGGGGGACUCAAGGAAACGGGGUGCACAACAUACUGUGUUUGGGGAUUGAAAUUUAUUAAUUUUGGUCCACCAAAAAUUUGGCAAACCAGCUGUUGUGCACUCAGGUAGUCUCAGCCCAUUCAUACUUCAAGUGAAUCUUAUUGCAAACCCUCAUGACUGGUUUCCAGUGUUUGCUAUGCAGCUGCCACAGUGUCCUUCUGUUACAUUUUAUUGUUUGGUUUUUAAUUAUGAAAUUAACACAUGCAUAUGAGAAAAAAAUGUAAAAUUCUGUCAUACAGAAGAGAAGGGAAAGCCUUUCCUCUCAGAUUGUACUGCCUUGUAAACUUAAUAUUAGAUGAGUGCAUAUUCUGUCAGACUGCAUUCUAUGUACAUACAAAUGUUGUUUUUAUAAAAAUUGGUCACCUCUUAGCUUUUAGUAAGCAUUUUUUGUCAGUACAUGUAAUUCUAUUUCAUUCUUAAUAGCUGCUUAGUAUUUGAUUAUAUGAAUGUAUCAUAAUGUAUUUAAUCCAUUUUCCCCUCCAGAUGUUUUAUAAUAACAAUAGUGCAAAAAACAACAUUGCUUUUAUAUCUUGCUUUCCUUUCCUUUGUUCUCCACACUGCUUUCAGGGUGGUUCAUCUGAAGUACCAAUAUGAUUAUAUUAGAUUUCACUUUUAAAUACUCCCCUGGCUUUUUCCUCCUUUUUGCUAAGACCUUUUUACAAGUCCUUUCAUGCUUCAACUCUUACCUAUCUUUUCAGGCCAUGCUACUUCCAUCUCUUUACUUUCUCUGGCCCUUAACCUGUUCAUCAGUUAGGUGCUGUGUUCUGUAUCUGCUUUAACAACUUAGCCCAGUAUUCCCUGUUUAUGUGUGCUGCCCUCUAAACUGUGGGCUUGGGUAAGGUGGGAGCUGCAUCUCAAUUUUCAUUUCACUCCUGGUACUUAGCCCAUAGUAGGUAGGUAUUCACUUAAACAGUAAAGGUUUUUUCAAUAAACUCUGUGCCUUUUUUACUGUUUCAGUGGAAGCUUAAAAUAACGGGGUUUUAAGGGAUUGAUUGUAUAAGGUAGAAAUUGCAUUGAAUCAAAGUUUUAAGUAUUAGAGUCACAUUCAGAUAUUCUGCCAUGAGAAGCAUGCAGAAACCAAGACCAUUAAGAGAACUGUACUUUAAUGGUUACUCAUAUCCUCUCCCUUCACCUCACUACCCAUCACAAGCCCAUGUAGUUCAUUUUACAUGGUAAGUGUUCAUAUGAUGCUACAUUGUUAUAGUAAAAGGAGUGAAAUGACCCCAUAUUGGUGAGAGUGCAGUGUUCUCCUUGAUGCUAUUGAUGAACUCAUAAUGCAUCCUUUCUUGGGGACAGGUAGGCACUAUGUGUCCAAAGUGAGAAUAUUCAUAGCCUUUAGUAUAGCAAUUUUUUUCUGAGCUUUUAUGAAAGAUUCAUUCAUGAAUUCAUUCAAGCAAGUAACAAUAGUCAUCUGAUUCAUUUUCUAGUGAAAAACUGAAAAAUUCCUAAAUUCCCAGUAACAGUAGGUUUGAAAAAGUUACGUACAUAAAAUGGGAUAUAAUGCAGUCAUUAAAAUGUUUAUUGGCAUGUGGUGGUGUAUUAUGAUUUUAAAUAAAAUUUUCAAAAUAUUAGAGUAUGAACAUGUUUUUAUUAAAAUAUAUAUUGUAAGUACAUAUGUAUAUGUGUGCAUUGAAAAUAUGGAAGGAUAUACACUAAAAUUUUAUCACUUAGAAAUUUCUGAGUCAAAUUUGUCAUCUAAUUUCUUCCCGCCGGGUUUUGGGGUCGGGGAGCGUUCGGGUCCUGCCUGGCCGCGGCUUGUAUCUUACCCCCUUCGUGUGAUGUUGAGUUCUCGCAGAUGUGGAUGUAUCCUGGCUGUUGUACUGCAUCCACUGGUGUCUCUUUUAGGAAUAGUUGUAUUUAUUGCAUUUUCAUAAAUAUAUAUGUUUUGGGGAGGAGAUUUCCUCUGAACUACUCACGCCGCCAUCUUCCCGUGAUCCCCCUUGAGUUUAUAUUUUAAUUGGUGAGCUAUGAGAAACUCUAGGGGUCUUUCAUAAAAGAUUGAAAUUAUUUGUUUUGAAAAGUUCAUACUUUUAUAUAAAAUUUUUGCAUUAAAAAAUUUUGGGAGACCUGCUUAGGAGGCUGUUGUAGUAGUUCAUAUAUGAAAUUUGAAUGACAGUAGUGUCAUUUCCUUAUUAUACAGUAUGAAGACAAUAAAUAAAAUGAAACAUUUGCUUAAUGUAAAAGGGAAAUUCAGACUAAUAUGUUAUGACUUAAACUCACCUGUAAUUUAAGAAAAGCAUAUCAAAAUUAUAUUUACCAUGUUAUCAGCAAAACUUUAUAUUAAGUCUGACAUUUUGAAAUAUUUUCUGAUCAAUUUCCAUUUUUCCAUUUUCACCCUUUUAGAGGCUUUUUGUCUAGUUCCCCAGCCUCCUACACAGCCCUAAAACUCAGCAAGUGCCCCAUGGGAGACAGCCAGCUGUGCAUUUGAGGCUGCUCCGAUUUCUAAUCUGCCACGUCAACCUCAAGUGACUACUGAAAAUUUGUGAUUUCUCUCCCCACAGCAAAGCCCCCUUGCCUGGGCAAUGCCCUAUCUUCAGGCCAUAUCCAAAAGCAGUAAAUGCUACAAGGGAAAGAAAUAGCCCAUAAUCAUCAGGUACCUCAGAGUUGCCCCCACCAUUAGAAUUUUGGUUAAUCUAGAUCUUACUGCUUCCUCAGUUCUAUACCUUUCAAAAUAUUUUUACAAUUUAUUUGUUUUAGUUGAUCACAGCCACAAUAUUGCAUCCUAUCUAGAGGCACACUUUUUUAAGAUACUAUAUUAAACUCAACCUCAUAACAACAUUGCAUUCAACUGAAGGAAUAGUUAAAACAUACACAUCUAUGACAGCUACCUCAAGGAUUAUGCCCAAUGUUGAUAGGCAGGCAGCUGUGUACUUAGUUUGUAUGCAAGAGAAUAGUCUGGAGAUAAACCAAUUCAGAAAAGGUUUCACACAAAUUAUUAUAUAGGGAGUCAUAUUCCAGAAAAGACAGUAUGUGUAAUUUGGAAGAGGACCUAAUGUUCUCUUCUAUAAAGGACAGACAUGUUCAUUGGGAGUAUGUUUUUGUAAUGUAUGAAUAACUCAGUGACAACAGGGUAGUAAAAAUACUGUCUCAGAGAUAUAAACAAUGCUUGCAUCCCUGAGUAUGUUUCACAUAAAUUUUCUGUAUCUUGAAUAUGCAAACCUAAGAAAUUGUGUCUAAAAUACAGACUUCUUAUACUACAUAGAUCAUAAUGCUCACAAUGGAGUUUAUUCCUUCACAUGUAUUGAGAUGGUCACACUACACAUCACCAUUUUUUCACUGUCUCAACAAUACAAAUUGGAACUGACAUAUAUAUAUAAUAUAUGUAAUUUUUAAAGUGCAACAUCAUAUACUUCUAUUCUUGUGUCUGGCUAUUGUCAAAUUUCAUGUUGAAAACCGCCAACUAUUUAGUCUUCUGUUACCUCUAGAAAGCACCAGAUUAUUUUUAAAAUGAUUAUAAUGUUAAAUACGGAAAGAUGUAACAGAUUUUCAUGCUAAAAUUAAAAAGAGCAACAAUGAACCUUGCCAAUGCUUCUUGCUAUGACAAAGAAUACAUGUAUAAACAAAAAUAUCCACAAACUGUUUUCUUUUUUCAGUGGCAAGAGAGUUUUGACAUCUUACUAAGCUAGAAAUCAUCUAUAUUUUAACAUAUUUAGCUCUGUACAUUUUUUAAUGCAUUCUUACUACUUUUAUUUAUCUUUUUUUAAAAGUUGAAGCAUAGUUGAUAGACAAUAUUAUAUUGGUUUCAGGUGUUCAACAUAGUGAUUUGACAACUAAUUGUUUACUUUUCAAAGCAAAAUUUAAACAGAUCAUUGAUAGAGGUAUUGCCAUGUCCUAGUAUCAAUGUUAGCUUUAGGUUCACUCUUUCUGGGGAAGGUGAAAUAUUGAGAUAUGUGUAGAUGUUCGCACAUUCUUAACCUACACUGUAUUUAUAACAACUGGAGAUAGGCUGCCCAGCUUUUACCUUUAACAUUUUUCCCUGAUGGCAGUUGAUGUUCUAUAGUUGCCCUUUACCGCUGCCCUGCCAACCUAGCGGGGAAGCUUUUCCAGGCACUGUCCUAUGUGCUGAAGUUAGAGGCAUGAACAGACUCCAGCUGGGGAGACAGAAAUAAUUAUGGUCCCACUUAGUACAAGAGAUAAUGAAGACAUGCCCAUGAUACAUGGAGCACAUAGAAUGGGUGAAUUAUAAAAUACGUGAAUUCUACUGAGUCAUGACAGUGAGUGACCUUUCUUCUGGUUCUAUGGUUAUGUUUAAAAUGUGACAACGUCAGGACAUGUAUACAUCCUAACUGAUGAAGUAAAUUAAAUUAUAUGAUAUUAGUCAUGUCUUAGUUUUAAAUUCUUUUUGAGUUGACUGGAAAGGAAUUUUUUUAUGAAGACUAUAAAAUCACUGAUAUUUAAAGCUUCUGUAAUUCCAAGUCACAUAUUUAUUAUUGCUUCUGCCUUAGAUUAUAAACAAAGAAUUACAAAUACAUGAGCCCAAAUAUAUUAGUUGUGAAUAUUUUAAUUGCAAGGGACAGAAACCCUACUGAAACCAGAUUAAGCAAAAUGAGGAAUUUAUUGGUUCGUAAAACUGGGAAUUCAAGGGUGGCACUGCUUUCAUGCACGACUCGUUCUGGGAUUUAAACAGUCAUGGUCAAUAAAUCCUUUUCUGCUUCUCAGCUCUGCCUUCCUCUCUUCAUUCUCAGUGUGGCUCCUCUGAUGGAAAUAUGGCUUCCAGAGCCCUCAAACCUGCAUUCUGUCCCCCAGUAAAGCCAGGAGAUGUACACUGUUUUUAAUGAAAAAUAAUAGCAUAGUUAUUUUCUGAAAUCGCCCACCACAAAUUAAUAAAAGGACUUUUGUAUAAGUUAUGUAGUUCAGAAUGCUGUUGCGUAAAGGAAUUUUUAGGGAAAGUCUUAUUUUUGAUAAAAUGAUUCAGGUAAUGUAUCUGGUAAGCUGGACUGCUUAUCUGUAAAGCACUCCCUCUUGGCCUGAUUGCCCCACACUUACCUGGUCACAGGCCUCUUGUCAUUUUUACCCCAUCACUCUUGACUCUUUUCCUUGUUCCAAUAAGGCCACAUUUGGUUUUUAAAUAGAAAGU